AUGGAUCCGAUACCCGCCCCCGUCUCCCACACGCAGGGUACCCUCCCAGGCCCCACCAUCCAACCCCGAAACCCUAUCUUCCCCUACACGCUAUACGGCCACACUGCGACCCGCUCACCGUUCCACCUACCUUUACCGGCCGUGGAUGUCCUUAUCCAUUGCGGCGAUCUCACAAAACGUUCCUCGGCGGAGGAGUACCGUUCAACCAUGGCAGCCAUUCGACAAGUUCAGGCGCCCGUCAAAAUCAUAAUCGCCGGGAAUCAUGACCUUUCUCUGCACCAGCAGUUCGUAAAAGACAACAUGAACGAAAACGUCAGCAAGAGCCAACGGGCCCUGGCUUUCCAUGCCGAGGCUAAGCACAUUGUCGCCGGUAGCAAGGAUGUGACUUACCUAGAGGAGGGUACGCACGAGGUGUCGCUCCCCAACGGUGCGAGGCUCCGUCUGUAUACGAGCCCAUGGACUCCCUCUUAUGGCGGCUGGGCAUUCCAGUACGAAGGCUCCCACAACUUCAGUAUACCUGCGGGCAUUGACGUAGCCGUCACACAUGGUCCUCCCCUCGGCAUCCAGGACUCAGCCUCCAACGGCGACUACGCAGGCUGUCCCAUGCUCUUCAAUUCCAUACAAAAAGCCCGACCCCGCAUCCACUGCUUUGGCCAUAUCCAUGAGGCUUGGGGUGGCUAUUACGCCCAUUGGGCUUCGCCUGAGGGCACCCCUUGGCAGCAGGCUACCGGCUCAGGUCGUAGCCCAGGCGGCAGCCAUCCUUCUUAUACGAGUGGAACCUACAACGACCUGCACUUUGAUUAUGAUGACUCGAAUUCUGAUGUCUCAAUGCCAGAUGCUCCCCCACGUACCCUCGAAGCCCUUGACCAGGCGCGCUCCCGGGCCGUUGAAACCGUCGACUCGCUGCGACUGCUCGAUAAGGACUCGGAUAAGGAGAUGGCGCAUAAGCGUGAGAGAUACGCGCGACAUUCGGCCGAGGGCUGCUGUCGUGUCGAUGUCUCCCCUGAGGGUGACGCCCCCGUCGAGCGAGGCAAGCAAACGCUCUUCCUCAACGCGGCGAUUCUAGACCGGCGUUACAAGAUCGCGCACUUUCCUUGGCUUGUGGAGAUCGACCUUCCUAUAGCAUAG